AUGGAUUUCGGUUCUUUAAGUGAAGAUCGUGGUGGUGAGUUCGCAGAGAAAGAUCCGACCGGUCGGUACACUCGGUAUGAUGAAAUUCUGGGGAAAGGAGCAUUCAAGACUGUAUAUAAGGCAUUUGAUGAAGUUGAUGGAAUUGAAGUGGCUUGGAACCAGGUGAAUAUUGAAGAUGUCUUGCAGUCAUCACAGCAGCUUGAGAGAUUGUAUUCUGAGGUUCAUCUGCUGAAGUCUUUGAAACAUGAAAACAUCAUCAAGUUUUAUAGCUCUUGGGUGGAUGAUAAGAAUAAGACUAUUAACAUGAUCACAGAGUUAUUCACUUCAGGGAAUCUGAGGCAGUAUCGAAAGAAGCACAAGACUGUUGACAUGAAAGCCAUCAAAAACUGGGCAAGGCAGAUACUUCGAGGUCUACAAUACUUACAUACUCACAGUCCUCCUAUCAUUCAUCGUGAUUUGAAAUGUGACAAUAUACUUGUUAAUGGGAACAAUGGAGAAGUUAAGAUUGGAGAUCUUGGAUUAGCAAUUGUCAUGCAGCAGCCCUUUGCGCGAAGUGUCAUAGGUACACCUGAAUUCAUGGCUCCAGAGCUCUAUGAAGAGGAAUACAAUGAACUUGUUGACAUUUAUUCUUUUGGCAUGUGCAUGUUAGAGAUGGUUACUUGUGAAUACCCAUAUAGUGAAUGCAAAAAUCCUGCACAGAUAUACAAGAAGGUUACCUCGGGUGUAAAGCCUGCUUCCCUUGGUAAGGUGAAUGACAACCAGGUUAAGGAGUUCAUAGAGAAGUGUUUAGUUCCAGCAUCUGUGAGAUUGCCUGCCGUAGAGCUCUUGAAAGACCCAUUCCUUGCAACUGAAAAUUCGAAAGAACUUGUUUCUAGUUCUUUACAGUUACCAAAUCUUAUUUCCAAGCAAAUCCACUUGCCACAAUCAGAAUCACAUCACAUGGACAUUGACUGCAAGAAGCUUUCGGUGGUAUCUUGUCCAAAAAGCAUCAAUGGAUCUCCACAGUUUUCAACUCUAGAACUUUGUAGGUUUACUGAGAAUAAUGAAUUCAGAUUGAGAGGGGAGAAAAACGAUGAUAAUACAGUUUCAUUAACUUUGCGCAUUGCUGAUCCUUGUGGUCGAGCAAGGAAUAUCCAUUUUACCUUUUAUCUUGGUUCGGAUACUGCAGUUUCAAUAGCGGAGGAGAUGGUUGAACAACUUGAUCUGUCUGCUCAAGAUGUGGCUGUUAUUGCUGGGUUGAUUGAUAGCUUGAUAGUGAAGUUUGUUCCUAGCUGGAAUAAUUUGUCAAGUGUAUCAAAUGACUCAUCUGAACUGGAAAACAAUGCAACUUCCGAGGCAAUGAAAACACCUGAUUUCUUACCAUCGACAAACAUGACAUAUCAUGAGACUCAACAAUCAGUCAAUUCAGCCAUAUCUACUGAAUAUAAUAUGGCAAUUGCCUCUGAUUCCAGUACUAACAAGUCUUUGGGAUCUUCUGAUUGCAGUCUUCAAUUGCAUAUGUAUGAUUUGGAUUUGGAGUGUUGGAUGCUUGACGAUGGUAUCCCAAAAAAUGACAAAUCUGCAACAAAUUCUGAUGUCUCCUAUAUUGAUUCAUGCUCUGGCAUGUCAAAAAAUGCAAGCUUGUCUAGCAUUUGUUCUCUGCCCCUUGCCGACAAAGAUGGUUCUGAACUAAAGCAGGAGCUUGAUUCAAUUGAUUCACACUAUAAUCAGUGUUUUCAAGAACUCAUGAAGAUGAGGGAGGAAGCCAUAGAAAAUGCCAAGAAACGGUGGUUAACUGAGAAGAAGAUAUCUAUCAUGUGGUGA